AUGGUAUGGCAUGGGGACGAAGGCUGCAUCGAUCGAUGUUCAGCUGCGCUCAACAAGGCAGAUGAACGUCUAGUGUCCGCAGCCGGCUUGGCUUGCAGCAACAUGCACCGCGCAGCGGGGGGCGGCGGGGCACCCCGAACCGGUCGCCACUCGCCGAACACCCGGUCCCCGGUGUGCCGGCAGGCAGGCUCUCAUCUCGCAUAUGUACCCUACAUACAACGCUAUCCUUAUCUAGAUGAUCCAAUACCAUAA